AUGGGUGAUAUUUUUCGUGUCCCAGACGAAUGCCUCCCAUAUAUCAUCGAAGAUCCUGUCCAUCUUCUUGAGCAGGAAAGGAGAUUCAGAAAUAUUAUGCAAAUUAACAAGCUUAUGGGAAUUAUUACAAAUCACUUAGAUACAUACUGCCAACUUGGUAAUAAAAUUGGUUCAACAUUCGAAGAAAUAGCAAGAUGUUUAUCGGAAAUGGAUAUAAUCACGCACGACGAUUCAUAUUCUUCGCUUAAAGGUAUUUUAGAUAUUAUCAACGGUGGAUUUCAAUGCCAUUUCGAUACAUUGAAAAACCAAAUAAUACAGGAUAUAACUAAUUUUGUUAAUAAAGAUUUCGCUCAACUCCAAAAAUUCCAUGAUGAUCAUAAGAAAAUUCAUGAUGCAUACAGGGCUUCCCAAGAAAAGUAUGUAGCAUUAUCUGCAAAAGAUAUCGAUAAACCAUCAAGCGAAGAUCCUUUAAUUGAUGCUCACGCUCAAAAUGCAAUUUCCUAUUUCGACUACACAAGCAAAAUGGAAAAUAUCGAACUUCAAUUCCAAAUCUUGAUACCUUCAAUAUUGACUAAUUUCAUUAGUUCAGUUUGCGAUCCCAUGAAAUUUGUUCUUGGUAGUAUUGACUGCUCUAAGUCAUCAAUAGAUAAAUGUUCUGCCCGCAUUUCAGAGUUUACUCGCCGAUUCAGCGAACUCGCUUCGUCGACUGCAAAAUCGAAACAGAUUUUAACUGGAUCUCUCCCAGGAUUCUGGGAGCAUAUGCGUAAUCCUUUCCCAGGAACUCAAUCCCGUAACAUGCAAGGCUAUCUCUGGAAGAAAUGCGGAAGGUUGGCCGUAUCUUGGAAGAGGCGCUUCUUUAUUAUCUCUAACUGCAUCCUUACAUACAGUAAGAGUGUCGAAGAUAUCGAUAGGAAGCCACAGGAUAUUUCUUUGCUCUACUCUUCAGUAAGACCCGAUCCAAAUGCGGCCCGUCCUCACUGUUUCACGAUACAGACAAAGGAAAGGUCUUAUACAUUCCAAGCGCUUACCGAAUGGGACAUGAAACAUUGGCUUGCAGUUAUCCAAAAUAAUAUCUUCACAGAACUUAACAACAACAACAACAACCAGAAGCCUCAGGGCCGCGGAAUCAGACGUUACAGCUCAUGUUCCGUCAUGUUAAAGCACACUAAUGGCAUUAACCUUAAUUCAACAGAAUCUGGAACGUUCCCGCUGGCAAGUGAUGCUCCAAUCCUCACCGGAUCCAGCGAUAAGUUCAGCAGCCAGUUCAGUGACGAUAUCAUCGAAGAAGAAAUCAGUUCUUUGGUAUGUGCUGAUUGCGGCCAAACAAACGCUUCAUGGGUCUCCUUGAAUACGGGUAUCUCUCUGUGCGACGCAUGCGCUGGCAUACACCGUGGCCUCCCAUUGAAGAUUUCUCGAGUCAAGAAUUUGACUUUGGACACUCUCGACAGAUACCAACGCCUUACAAUGGAAGCUGUUGGAUCAUCGCGCGCAAACAGAGUUCUCGAGUUCAAUUUGGACAAAUCGAAGAAGAUUAAUCCAAAUUCAAGCCAACAAGAGCGUAUUCAGUUCAUCCAAGACAAAUACUGCAACCACAAGUUUAUCAACAGCGAUCCUAUCGAUAUCAUUAAAGCUGUUCAAAAUGAAGAUAUUGACCAGACUCUAGAAUGGACAAUUUCCGGUGGAAUGGACUCUGCCUACAACGAGAGAUUAUUUACUCCAUUGCACGCGGCUGCAAUUGUCGGAAAUCCAAUUCUUUUCCAGAUUCUUAUGUAUGGAACUGACAAAGGCUGCGAUGUCCUCGACGAUGCAGGUAUGACAGCCAUGAACUACGCAGCAGCACAUGGAAACGUCGAAAUUGUCGAUAUUUUGUUGAGAUCAGGUGCAAAAGUCUGUGUCAACGAGAAAUACGAUGCACUUUCCAUUGCAACAGUUAGAGGACACACAGAGAUUGUCGACAUGCUUGAUAACGCCUGCCCAUUCAACGGAAUGGACUCUUUCAUCCUUCCUCAUCCAGAAAUCAAACCAAUUUAUUUCGACGUCAACAAAUUCGUCGACCACGACGUAAUUGAAGAGAGGAAGUCGAACGCAAGGAAGCAGAGGACGACCAAACAAAUGAUCGAUUCUAUCUGCGGAGACAAGGAUAAAUUGCUUUCUGUCAUUGGAUCAAUGAAAGAAGCAAACUCUUCAAGGAGAUCAGCGAAAGAAUUGCCUCACAUUGACUUAAUUCCACCACCAGAACUAUUGAAAGACAAUUAA